CUUCCCUCAUUUCACUUCACCACAUCAGUUCCAAUUCACGAUUGAGGACAAGAUCAGUUUGAAAAUUUAAAUUGUAACAAAAACAUGAACGUGAAAGCUAUAGGGGUCAUUUUUGCAUUACUCUUCGCUGUCACAGCAGCAGAAAGUGAUCAAGAAUAUUGGAUCGAGCAGGGCGAACAAAAUGCUAUCAGAGAUCUUGAUCAAUGGCCAGACGCCGUUACUGCACUCAAUGAUAACAAUCCAACACCUGUUAAUGAGCAACUGGCAUUCUGGAAGUCACAAGUUGAUGAUGGCGUGACUAACAUGGACGAAUUCAUUCCGACACUCAUCUCUAUUGUCGAUAGAAUCAAUUCGCUGGCUGCCGGUGAGCCCAAUGACAUUCGUCGUGGUGAACUGCAAACGAUUUUGCGGCAAAUUGAUGGUCAACGUGAUAACAAAUCCUAUUAUUUACUUGAUGGUGCCGUUCAGUGGAUUGCGAACAGACUUGAUUCGCUUCAGGCUGGAGGUGAACGUGCUAACGAUUUGGUGUCUCAGCUUACAGAAGCUCAAACGUCUGUGGCAAAAUUACGAGAUGAACUUGAUAGCAAUGCUCAAAAUUACGUACGGGCCAUAACGAAAAUUCAAAAGUUGAAAGAAGAUAUUGCUGCGAAUAUUGUUGAAAUUCGUGCCAUAGCUAGUGCCUUGUUGGAUGCAUUACAAAGCUCCGUAUUGUUACAGAAUGCAGGAGCAACCAAUGAAUUCGUCAAAUCUAUUACUGCUUAAAAACAUCAAAGUGUGUUCGUUAUGUAGAGUUUGAAUAAAAAUUUUGUGUGAUCGAGUUUA